CUAAAGUAGAUAAUAAUAAUUAUGCAUAAAGAUAAGGUAACCCAAUUGAGUAGGAUAUUGUACUUCUAUUAAGCCAGUUUUAGUUCCAAAAGGAAGAAAAUAUAAUAGAAUGGAGAUACCAAACCAUACUAACCAUGAAGCGGAUGCAUUUCUUGAGAAACAAGGAAGAGAGGCGCAUUGCGUGAGAAUUUUGUCCUGACAAUGAAGAAUCUUAAACUCUCUCUCUCUUUUUGCAACAAAUAACUGGUGGGGGGUGUUAGAAAUUUAUGAAACACACAACAAAAGGAGAAAAAAAAUUAGAUGCUCUAAAACUUCUAUUGGCUAUGGAUAUUGCUGUUCUAUCAAGUCUAUGAUGCAUUGCUUGAUUCAAAAGAAUAGAGACCUAUAAGCUAAGUACUCUUUCGUUUUGCAUCCUUUUCUUUUUUUAAAUUUUGGAUCAAAAGGCUCAUAAAAUUGUGGCCAAGAAUCCAACUUUUGCUGUAUUAAAAGUCCGGUGUCUUGUUGCGUAUAACAUAGAAUUGGCCAGAAGAGGGCAUAGUGAUGAUGGAUUGGGCACCAAUUUUAAUUGGGUUAUUGCUGUUCAUAUUGCUAUCACCAGGGCUACUCUUCCAGCUACCAGGAAACACUCGCCGUGUGGAAUUUGGGAGCUUCACAACCAAUGGGAAAGCCAUACUCGUCCACACUCUUAUUUUCUUUACCAUCUUCACCAUCCUCACAUUGGCUGUUAGAGUCCAUAUUUAUACAGGCUAAUUCUGAUUUGUAGCACUUUCAUUUUGGUUUUUGAGACUCUUUCUUUUUAUCUCCUUCGUUUCUUCGGAAAGUUUUUGAGUGAUUUGUUUUAUGUUGGAAAAGUUUUCACAUAUGAUUUGUAAGUGCAUAUUUUGGAAUACCCAUGUUUUGAAUGUUUUAGAUAUCAUAAAGAACGUUUCAUUGGA